UUUGAUUUCACAUGCAUUCUUACAACAAAAAUGUUUUUGUUUUAGGGAUUUAUCAAAGAUGUUCAUGAGGACUCGCUCACAGUUGUAUUUGAAAACAACUGGCAACCAGAGCGCCAGGUACCCUUUAAUGAAGUCAGAUUACCACCACCCCCUGAUAUCAAGAAAGAAAUUGGUGAAGGCGAUGAAGUGGAGGUUUAUUCUAGAGCAAAUGACCAAGAACCUUGUGGUUGGUGGCUGGCAAAAGUUCGAAUGAUGAAAGGAGAGUUUUAUGUCAUUGAAUAUGCUGCUUGUGAUGCCACUUACAAUGAAAUUGUCACUUAUGAACGACUCCGACCUGUGAAUCAAAACAAAACUGUCAAAAAGAACACCUUUUUCAAGUGCACAGUGGAUGUUCCUGAAGAUCUGAGAGAUGCGUGUGCUAAUGAAAAUGCACAUAAAGAUUUCAAGAAAGCUGUGGGAGCAUGUCGAAUUUUCUAUCAUGCUGAAACUGCUCAACUAAUAAUACUGUCUGCCAGUGAAGCAACAGUGAAGAGAGUGAAUAUACUCAGUGACAUGCAUUUGCGCAGCAUUCGUACCAAACUUAUGCUUAUGUCAAGAAACGAAGAAGCUACAAAACACUUAGAAUGCACAAAGCAGCUUGCUGCAGCAUUUCAUGAGGAAUUUGUAGUCAGAGAAGAUUUAAUGGGACUUGCUAUAGGAACACAUGGGAGUAACAUACAACAAGCCAGAAAGGUUCCAGGAGUUACUGCCAUUGAACUCGAGGAGGAUACUGGUACUUUCAGAAUCUACGGAGAGACUGCUGAUGCAGUAAAGAAGGCUAGAAGUUACUUGGAAUUUGUGGAGGAUUUUAUUCAAGUUCCCAGAAAUCUUGUUGGAAAAGUUAUUGGAAAAAAUGGAAAAGUGAUUCAGGAGAUUGUAGACAAGUCUGGAGUCGUCAGGGUGAGAAUUGAAGGGGAUAAUGAGAAUAAACUGCCCCGUGAAGAUGGAAUGGUACCGUUCGUGUUUGUUGGCACUAAAGAAAGCAUUGGAAACGUCCAAGUUCUUUUAGAGUACCACAUCGCCUAUCUGAAGGAGGUGGAACAACUAAGACUGGAAAGGCUCCAGAUCGAUGAACAGUUGCGUCAGAUUGGUAUGGGUUUCAGACCUUCUUCCGCUAGAGUUCCUGAAAAAGAGAAGGGUUAUACAACUGAUGAGAGCACCCUCUCCUCCGUGCAAGGUUCCAGAUCCUACAGCGGAAGAGGGAGAGGCCGCAGAGGCCCCAAUUACACGUCUGGCUACGGUACAAACUCUGAGCUCUCUAAUCCCUCUGAAACAGAAUCUGAGAGAAAAGAUGAACUUAGUGACUGGUCCUUGGCAGGAGAGGAUGACAGAGAAAGCAGACAUCAGCGUGACAAUAGACGACGUCCUGGAGGACGAGGACGUAGCGUAUCUGGAGGUCGUGGGCGUGGUGGACCUCGUGGUGGCAAGUCCUCCAUUAGUUCUGUGCUUAAAGAUCCGGACAGCAACCCUUACAGCUUGCUCGAUAACACAGAGUCAGACCAGACUGUGGACACCGAUGCUAGUGAAUCUCACCACAGUAGUAACCGUCGUCGGAGGUCACGCCGGCGAAGGACCGAUGAGGAUGCUGUUCUUAUGGAUGGGAUGACCGAGUCGGAUACAGCUUCUGUUAAUGAGAAUGGUUUAGUAACAGUAGCUGAUUAUAUAUCACGAGCUGAAUCUCAAAGUAGACAGAGAAACCCUCCAAAGGAGACAAUAGCCAAAACCAAGAAAGAAACGGCGAAAGAUGCGAUUGAUGAGAACAGCCCUUCCGAAAAGGCAGUGAACGGUCCUGCUACAGCUCCUGGGGAUGAGCCUUCUAAACUACAGCACAGUCCUGAGGAAAAGAAAGUGACCGUUCAGGAGGACGGGAACACCCAGGAAGAAGCAGUGCUGAAUGGUGUUUCAUAAACUGAAGUUCCUAGUUUACAGUUCUCCUACAUUACAUUUAAAAUAGUGCUUGUAUAAGCUUGCCAAAGAUAGAAUAUGGAUCGCCAGUCUUGACACCGCACUUUCAGUUCCUCCAUUUUGGAAUACAGAAAGGGGAGGGAUCCUGAAGAAAUCACAUGUUAAACAUACUUUGACACCUACUGUGUUAUAAAUAUAUCAUCAGAUGUGCCUUGAGAUAGUAUAUGUAACAUUUAAAUAAACAAAAUUGCUGGCUAUAGGAAAUGUUAUUUUG